AUGCAGCAGCGGGACAGAAAGUGCCGAAAAGUCCCACAGGGAAAUAGGUACUCGCCGAUUUGUUUAAACGAGCUCAGUCUCCGACGCUCCUCUUUGCUGAUUUGCUCAAGUUCCCCGGGCAGUGGAAGCACUUUGUCUUCACUCGGCCACCGUCCGCGGGGCGGUAGGGAGUAUUUUGUCCUCCUGCCGCCGCCGUCCGGGUUAUUAGUCACCGAGUUCCAGGCCGCCGGAGCGUGGGGCUUGCGGGCGCCGGCUGGCGUUGCCGGCACCAUGGAGUCCCCUCUUAGCCCGGGCCUCUCUCACCGAGCCGAUGAGGACUGGGAUUCUACACUGUUUGCUGAACUUGGCUAUUUCACAGACACUGAUGACCUGCAAUUGGAUGCAGCAAAGGAAACUUAUGAAAACAAUUUUGAUAAUCUUGAUUUUGACUUGGAUUUGAUGCCUUGGGAAACAGGCAUUUGGGACAUCAACAACCAGCUCUGUACAGUUAAAGAUGUUAAGGCAGAACCUCAGCCACUUUCUCCAGCCUCAAGUUGUUCAGUCUCCUCUCCUCAGUCAGUGGACUCUUACUCUUCAACUCAGCAUGUUCCUAUUGCCGUGCUAAGGAGACAGCAACGUAUGAUAAAAAAUCGAGAGUCUGCUUGUCAGUCCCGCAAGAAGAAGAAAGAAUAUAUGCUUGGCUUAGAGGCCAGGCUAAAGGCUGCGCUUUCAGAGAAUGAGAAGCUAAAGAAAGAGAAUGGAUCACUGAAGCGACAGCUGGAUGAAGUCGUGUCAGAGAACCAGAGGCUUAAAGUUCCUAAUUCGAAGCGAAGAGCUAUCUGUGUGAUGGUAGUCCUGGCAUUUAUAGUACUCAGCUAUGGACCCAUGAGCAUGUUGGAACAGGAUUCCAGGAGAAAGAAUCCUAGUGUGAACCCUGCAAAUCAAAGGAGGCAUCUUCUAGAAUUUUCUGCUAAAGAGGUGGAAGAUACGUCAGAUGGUAUCAUCCAGAAAAACAGCUACAGAUAUGAUCAUUCUGUUUCAAAUGACAAGGCCCUCAUGGUGCUAAGUGAAGAACCAUUACUCUAUAUUCCUCCACCUCCUUGUCAGCCCCUGAUUAACACCACAGAAUCUCUCAGGUUAAAUCAUGAACUUCGAGGAUGGGUUCACAGGCAUGAAGUGGAAAGGACCAAGUCAAGAAGAAUGACGAAUAAUCAGCAGAAAACCCGUAUUCUUCAGGGUGCUCUGGAACAAGGUUCCAAUUCUCAGCUCAUGGCUGUCCAAUACACAGAAACCACUAGUAUCAGCAGGAACUCGGGGAGUGAGCUGCAAGUGUAUUACGCAUCACCCAGAAGUUAUCAAGACUUCUUUGAGGCCAUCCGUAGAAGGGGAGACACGUUCUAUGUUGUGUCAUUUCGAAGGGAUCACCUGCUGCUACCGGCCACAACCCACAACAAGACCUCAAGACCAAAGAUGUCAAUAGUAUUACCAGCAAUAAACAUAAAUGAGAACGUGAUCAAUGGGCAGGAUUAUGAAGUGAUGAUGCAGAUUGACUGUCAGGUGAUGGACACCCGGAUCCUCCACAUCAAGAGCUCGUCAGUUCCCCCUUAUCUCCGAGAUCAGCAGAGGAAUCAAAGCAACACCUUCUUCGGCUCCCCGCCAGCAGCCCCGGAGGCAGCCCAUGUUGUCCGCACCAUCCCGGAGUCAUUACAAUAGCCUCUGAGGCUGCACCAGAAAACACGGUGGGACCCUGCCCCCGCCGCGCUGGAGAGCAGGGGAGAGACCUGUUCCUGUCCGCCCUCUUGGUGGCAGGCCGAGAGCUGCCUCGCAGUAGGGUUCCAGGGGUAGCAAGAAAAGUUGUUUUUCACCGUCUGCCCUUCUACUGGGAAAGCACUGAUGCUCAAACACAAGGGCAGUGGCUUUUCUCCCACGGCAAAUGUUGCCUGCAUCCUCCUUGCUGCCUGGUGUCGAAUUUUUUAUGUACCUUCCUAAAUUGCUUUUCCUCCUGUAUUUCUUUUGUGUUUAAAUAGUCCUCUUUAAAAUAAGAUCUUCUUCCCUUCUCUGCCAUUUCACUUAUUGAUAGAGAUUUUUAUUUAUAGCUGUACAGCACACCGAUGUUUCCAGUAAUUAGAGUUUUUAUUAAUUUAAUGCAAAUCCAUUCUGGAUAUUGUGCUUAUUGGAAACAGAUUUCAAAACCAGAACAGCCAAAAACGUCCCCCAAAAGGGUCAAGACAAUUGAGGGCUUUAGGUAAAAGGGAGAAAUCCCAACUGGGUAAAGUUGGUCCUUGCCCGGGAACUGUGGCUCCCGCCUGAGCCGGUGUGUGCGUAACUGUGUGGGACACCGGCGCAGGGCAAUGGGGUGGAGAGACUGUCAGGGAAGAGCAGGGUCCACGUGGGCCAAGGGAGGAGGAGCCAGCUCUGUUAACACACGUUUCAAACACUGCAGGUUUUGAUGUGACUGGAGUUAAAAUGGAAGCCACAGCAACCUUUUAUUCUGAGGCCACUGAGUGUUAGCAUAUGUGCUUAUAUGUUCUCUGUACUCGUCUGGUGCAGGUCCGCAAGGACCCUGGGACAAAUCCUUCAGCUUUACUGCGAAUCCCCACCCACGACACACCUUCUACUAGUAUGACGAUACUGAAUUCGGCUAAGGAACACGCAGGGUGAUGUUAAGCAAACGAGGUUUUUUUUCUCAUGAGAAUUGGCAGGUAUUUAUUCCUUAAGACUCUGCAGACAGGCCAGCUUGGAUUCCUGUUCAGGGAGUGCAUUCCACAAUCCAGCAAUAAUUUUCAGUUUCUCCAGUGAAUAGACAGUGAAGGAAUUAACUUUUUUGUCCUCCCAUGGUAAAAAAAAAAAAAAAAAAGAAAGAAAGAAAGAAAAAAUAGCCCUACUGUGUUCCCUCAUAUCUUACUGUACUUUGACUACUUUCUUCUCCUCUCCGGUGUUCUGCCUUCGGUUUCUAAAGUGAGUCUUCCUGUUCUCCUAUGCAACUUCACACUUUCUCGCUAGAACUCGUUCUGCAGACACGGCUUCUUCCCGUAAUCUACUUGCCUGGGUCGGUGUUCUUCCCUUCCAGUCCCCGCUCCGGCCUCCCACUGCUCUGAGUCGGAGGAGGAAGGACUGUGGGUGUGAGUCCCGUGGGGUGUCCUGCGGCCGGCCCCCUCCUGCCCCCUCCUGCCCACAAGGGUCGGCCUGGCUUCUAAAUAAUUCCGAACAUCACUCAGGCUUCCACCUCUGGACAGUGGCACCUCUGUGCCCAAGCUCCGUUGGAUGCGCUCCGAGGAGAUCCGGGUAACUUCGUGCGGCCGACGGGGCGCUCUGCUGCCCGGGUCCCCAGGAAUCUGUCUGGGGUUUGGUGGCGUUAACAAGCCUCGCUCUGCCCCCCACACGAGCCUGCUACAGCCCCCACUGCGGCUGCUGUCCGGGGCGACGUCCACACGGGAACCACCUUCCCCGGGGCCGCUCCACCUCUGACGGGCGCCAGGCCCAUGCGGACAAGACCUGCACGUGGCAGGACAGCCUUCUCUCGGGAGUGUCUCCUCCCAUCUUGCACACCAGCCAAGCACGUAGCCGUGGCCCUGGCCAGGGGGCAAGGGGACAUGGCCGUUCCCAAGCUGCUAGUCCGCCCGAGCUGUCACCACUGUCACCGCGGCCGCGGGCACGGCCUUACAGACGGUGCUUCCUCUCCCGUGCGUGGACCCUCACCCACAGGCCAACCGCCCGCUUCUCGCCCUGUGCUCAGCCUUCACCCUCCACCCCAGCUUCCCUGACCGCUCCGACCAACCGUGGCAGUCAUGUCGCGUCAGCCCACCUGGAUGCCUCUCCUGCAGGUGGGGAUGCAGGUGCCAACAGCAAGGAGUGCUGACCGCCCACGGCAGCCAGGGGCCGCGCCCACGCUCCCCCUGGUUUCGCUCCUCAGGGUGAAGUCUCAGGAAGGGAGGGAGUGACAACCACGAGGCAGUGAUCUCCUUUUGUAAUUACUGUCAAAGCUCUUACGAAUUCCCGGGCCCCACAGCGGUUCUGACGUAACCUCUGUGCUCGCAUGAGUUAGGCGUGUUGGGCAAGAGAAAGUGGCUAUGCCUGAUGAAUAAAUUAAGCUGCUGUUUGGGUUUAGUUUUAGGUUGAAAUCGCCUUUUGGGGAUUGCAGCCAGGAAUGAUGGGGGCUAUGCAUCUAAAUUUAUCAACUUUAUAUUAAGUGGGAUUUUGCAAGUUUGUGGGAUAAUUAGAUAAACUAGAGGAGGCAAGUCCACCCAUGGGGUAGGGGACUCUCUUCCCUUUGUCCCCCACCCCUCCUCCCCCAGGAAGUGGCGGCGGGCCUGGCCAGGACCGGUUCUCCCACCUGCUUGCAAGCCCCACGUGUGGAGGCUUCAUGGCAGCGGAUGGUUCCUCGUAUUAACUACUGAGUCAGGCGUCGGGACCCCCCAGCACAGGGUUACCCCCCCCAGCAGAACACACAGCUCCAUCAGCCUGGUAGUGUAAACGGUCUCUUUCCAAAGUUGGGAUUUGUAAAGGGAUCAUCUUGAAUCAAAAGUUUGCCAUGCUUGUCAUUUAGAAGCUUUCCAUUACAUUACUGGGUGAGGUUUAUCUUUUCACAAGUGAAAAAACAAAAACGAAAAAACAAACUGUAAUUAUGAAAUCUCAGAGCAUCUUCGAACUUUUUCCUAAAGGACUAUAGGCUCCAGCGCCAAGCUGACACGUCUUUGCCUUUUCUUGUGAGCAAGAAGUAGACACAGAGGUAUUUGAAAGCAGCAAUGUUAUGAGUCAUUCUUGAGUGUUCUGAAUAAACAUUACUUAGAAACAGACAAGCAACUUGGGAUUCAAACUGAUGUUUCUGUCCUUUUUAAAGAGACACUGUCCCGACCAACCUUCCUGGCCUGACUCUCUGACCCCGGGCAUGAGCCCCCGUCAGCAGUGACCCUGAUGAGACGCCGUGGCUGCGGCCUUUGGGGUGAUGGAAACCGUACCCCUCUCCAGCUCCUUGCAACGUUUGCACUACUUUCUGGCUCUUGCCCUCUCACUCAGCUCGGGUUGUGAAACUUGGCAGAAAAAUAGCACAAGGAAAAACCCAUAUUUGACUUUCAAACACUGAAAAGUUUCCAAGCGACUUCUACUCUCAGCUACCUAGGAGAAGUCACCCCUUUUUACCGACGAGCCAGUCAGACCCCACGUCCACUGCAGCCUGACCUCAUGGACGCUUUUCCACCCAGCGAAGCCUGGCCCACUGCACCCCCAUGGGCAGCAGAGUCCAAGGAACUGAAGUUUGAAUGAAGCCUUUCAUCCCAUUGGCUGUUUCAUGUGCAUUAACCUCCCAAGAUUGCGUAAUGCUAGAAUUGACAGAUGCUUAUCACCACCUCUGGACCCCACAUUUUUACCAGAAUGUUAUUUAUGUCCCUCCUGAGUCAUUCUAAUUUGGAGAAAUUAGGAUCUUUGCUGCUAAUAUGAGCACUAAUUAUAUUCAUACCUUAAAAACAAGAAUAAAGCCUAAAGAAAGUAAAUGUGAGAAGUUUUCAUUCCUACCCCUAGUCACAUUUGGGAGGGGACAACUUCUGUGUCCCCCACCCCUAGGGGUUGUGGUCGAUUUUUAAUUUUCUAGGAAGACAGAAUACUGGACUACCCAAACAGAUGUUGCUCGAGCCCCCCAUGGAACUAUGCAUGUAAAAGCCGUUUUCUCCUACCUGAAAAUAGAAAUCAGAAUGUAGCCUGUUAACUUAUAUUUUUAGUGACUAAGCUUAAAACAGAGUUUAUUUUAGAUAAGUCUAGAGCUUUGAGCAGAUUGUUCUAAUGGUUGUGUUAUCUGUCAGGUUAUGAAAAGAAUGACAAAAGCAUCUUGAUCAGGAAAUUUGGUCCUGUGCAUGAAUCAUGUCAUGGCUAGCCACUGCCAAAUAGUGGCCCUGUCUCGACAUAAUGGUUUUCUGACUUAAGCAUUAGAGGUAUAGCACAUUAAGAGAAUUAUAUUAGUUUGGGGAACCGAGAAGUAAAUAAAUCAUAGUUUAUCAUUUGCCAAGGUCAGCAGACAGCACACGGUUUUGCUGCUUCCACCCAACACCGUUGGUGACCACUAGUUAAACCAGGAGGCUUCAUCUAGCCCCCCCCCCGGAGGGGGGGUAAACCCCAGAGAGAGACCGCUAGGUUGACUUUCACAGUCAUUGUCUAUCAGACCAUUCAACUCACACUCAGCCCUAAUUGCCAGGUCAGUCAUCGGUUAAGAGGGGGAAAGAGAACUUUAGAUGAAAACUACCAGGUACUGCUGGCCUUAAGACACCAAUUCCCUGUUUCUCAUCCUGUUGGCAGGUGUGGUUGGGCCAAGACCCAUCGUGCUUCACCCAUGGAGCCAUCAGAGCCAGAGGAGAGAGUGUUCACCAAGCCUUUGACCAGGGUUUUCCUUCUGAGGUUGCAUCCACGCUACAUUAAGAGCAGGUUAAAGAUGAGGAGCGAUGAGGUACCAGUCUCUCCUGCAGUAUGGCGUUGGUUUAUGAUGCAUAAAGAAACCACAACAGACUUACACGGCUUUAAGCAGGUCUUUACAAUGCAAUACUUGUUCUUUGUCUAAGAUUCAAAUAAAGAAUUUUUAAGCUUG